UAAGUCCUUUCCAUUUGUUUUGAGCACUAUAUUUCUGAGAAUUAUCUCAUUUGUGAGCAUAAUUUUACUAAGAAUGAUAUGAAGCAUUCAUUGAGCAUUUUAUCAAGCAUAAGCAUUUAAGAAUUUACAAUGCAAUAUUUACAAAGCGUUUAGUUAAUUAUUAUAUUAAGCAUAAUGGAGAAUUUAUUCCAAGCUUCGUUUACCGACGGUCUGAAAACCAUCAGGCAUUCAAGAAAAACCGAAGAGUUGCUUCGCAAACAAGCAGCUUUAUUCAGGUGGUCUGAUAGGAUGUUGGAACUGUCUAAUGUACACUCGGCAUCCGACAAAUAUGAUCUCGAGGGAGUGUUAGAAGACAUAAAGUUACAGUGGGAUAUGAUUUUUAAAACCCAUAUCGAAAUAGAUGCUGAUCUUCAAGGAUCCUACUCGGAGUAUCAAAAUAAAUAUUACGAGAAGAAAGCUAUAUAUAGGCGCCUAAAGAGAAAGAUAUAUCUCAAAUUACGUUCUCUAGAAACGCAUAUGGAUUCACCGGUACUUUAUUCACAUAAUUCGGAAAAUUCAUCAUUAUAUGCCUUGGAAACAGCUAAUAAUCAAACCCGGGAAUAUUUAAAUACAAAACAACAGCGACCUUCAUCAAAUUUUAGCAUCAGCAAAAAUUCGCUGUCAACGCAUUUCGAUAUACAAGGUCAAGGAAAUGCAAAUUUAAAUUGUAAUUCUACGCAAGGAGAGCAAUCAUUUCAAUAUAAAUCGGAUAAGAAAAACUCUUCGUCUUCGGCAAUGGUGGAAGGUUUAGCAGAAAGUGGUAACAAUCACAGUAUACAGCAGAUACCAUCAGGCAUAGCAAUGAUGCCAAUACAGAAAACCACUGAUGUGCAGCAGGAAACAUCGAUAGUGGCAUUGGCGGAAGCAGUGGCAGCCAGUCUCGGAGUGGACUCCAAAGAGCCCACCCGGUACUGGACUCCGAUAGGUCUUAGUGUUAAUCACAGUAUACAUGCAGAUACUUAUCAAGGCGGAGAAUUAUCCAAAUUGGCAGAAAGCGGAGCACAGUCGUUAACUGACUACAGCAAGGAGCAACAUAGCAUCAUCUCCGGGGUAGGAGAGACUCUAAACCAUAGUACAGAUCAUCAAACGCAACUUGGUUGUGAAGUGAGCGGAGAAGAUAAAUCACAUCGUGUUAACGUGGGUAUCAAAAGCAUGAAAUGCCUACAAGACAAGCAAGAAACAGAAGAUAAAGAAAUCUUGUCUUCAUCCAUUUCUUAUAAGAAGAAUAAAAACUUAAAUAGCAGCUUAGUAUUGUCUAAGCCUUUGUUAGAAGCACCGAUUCAAUUGUAUACGGAACCCUAUUUGCAACACAACUUAACACAAGGGUCCGACAUAGUUGUAAGAAAGAAUAGCAUAAUAUCUAGAAAGAGUUAUGGCAAAUUUUCGCAUGGUCAUGGUCAUUCACCAAAACAAUAA